UAGUAUUUAGACAGCUAAUGAAAAGAAAGAAAAUAUAUUUGGAUUGAGCUAGCUAAGAACUAGCUUGCUUGUCAGAAAAAUCAAAGUAAUUAUAUUCCUACCAACCAAUAUGUUCCAUUGCUAUUACUUAAUACUUAAAAUUGAUAAUUCGUACUAAUGGGAAGCAGAAAAAAGGUUGAAAAAUUGGAUGGACUAAACCGAUCGAACGAUCCACAUCAACAAAAAAAGAUGGAAUCCAACGGUGCACAUGAAAACAAGAACAGUAAAGGAAGCGGAAACACGAAGCCGCUGGUGCCCAGAGUUUGGAAGAUAUUCCUCCCCUCGAUUACCCUACCACCACGUACCUACCGUCAUCAAAGAAAAUAAAAAGAAAAGAAACCCUUAACCUAAUCGUGGUUAACUUAACUCAACCCUUAUUCAUCACGUUUAUUAAUACACGCCCUCCCUUCGUUUUCCUUCCUUCUCAUGCUAUACUUUUGCUUUGCUUUGAUAUUUCAAUUUUCAGCUUCACUCUUUUCACUCACUUUCUUUACUUGCUUGAAACUUAAGUAAUCUCCGAUUAUAAUUUUUUUUAUUUAGAUUAGACAGUGUUUGAAACUUAAGUAAUCUCCGAUAUAAGGAUUAUAUAUAUAUUUUUUAUUUAGAUCAGACAGUGGUUAGUUGAGAAAAAAUGAGCUGCAAUGGUUGCCGAGUGCUCAGAAAGAGAUGCAGCGACACAUGCGUGUUACGGUCAAGCUUACGUUGGAUCGAAUCCUCCCAAGCACAAGGUAACGCCACCUUAUUUCUGGCCAAAUUUUUUGGCCGAAGUGACCUCCUCUCUCUCAUCUCCGCCGUCCCCGAACCUCAACGCCCCGAUUUGUUUCAGUCUUUAUUGUUUGAGGCAUGUGGUCGUACCGUUAAUCCGGUGAACGGAGCGGUGGGGCUGUUAUCGAGUGGGAACUGGCACAUUUGCCAAGCGGCGGUGGACACGGUGCUUCGAGGUGGAGAUUUACUGCCAAUUCCUGGGAUUUUUGCAGGAGUUUGGACGCCGAAUUGCGAUGAGUCAUCUGAUCGUUUCGGUGCCAACUCAUGCAACUUCCAAAGCCGCUACGCUCAGUCAAAGCCUUUGAUGACGAUGAUGAUGAUGGAGAAUCAAUCGGCUUCAAUGACAUCGGAUCUUAGCCUCUCUUUAACGACAAAGUUUGGUAGAGGAAGACGUGGAACCGGAAGACGGUACGAAGAGGAAAAGAAGAGAGACAAAACGAUAUCGUUUUAUUCGGAGGAAUCGCAGAUAACUACUUUUGAAAGUAACGGAACCGAAGGAAGCCAAGAGAGAAAGAUUUUGAAUCUCUUCAUUUGAGAAAACUAAGACUAAAAAAAAAAAAGAGUAUUUUUUUUAUAAGCCGGCGAUGUAGUGAAUA